AUGGAUGUUGCAUCCAUCAGAAACUCUACCGUGACAUCACCACACACGUCCGGAGGUUCAUCACCACCGUACACCGCUGCAGAUACUAUAAACGUACAACUCCGCAAGGUAGAGCUGUUUAUCUUCGACGGGGACUUUGCCACCUACUAUGAUUUCUGGGCCAAAUUCAAGAGCGCGGUCCACGACAACCCAUCCCUAUCUACCACUGCCGAAUUCAUCCAUCUUAGUAGCAGCCUCGAAGGUAGCGCCGCACUUGUUGUACAGGAGUACGACAUAACCAAUCCCUCUAACUACCAUCUUGCCAUUGAAGCCUUACGAAGACUGCAUGACCCUCAACCGCCUCGAGGAUAUGUCAACAUCACUAUCGCUCAAGAAGCUCAUUCGCAGCAAAUUCCCACGAGAGACUCAAUUAGAAGUGAACAGGAUGGAACAUCGGUAUUCAUUCCGGACAUCUGGAAGAAGGAAUACCAGUGCGACACUCCAUUUGACCAAGAAGACCACCAGCGAUGGGACGAAUUGGUCCAGCAACUCAAACAUCCGCUGCCACCAAUUCCACGUUUCAUCGCUUCCACAAAUCGCAAUACCACUUAUGAGCUCGCAGUCUUUGGAAAUGCCUCACAACGUCUCUCUGCCUGCAGUGCCUACCUUAUUUGCCGCUCACCCUCAACCACUUCUUCACAGCUAAUCAUGGCUAAGUCACUACUAGCUACGGCUAAACUUCAGAUGACUAUGCCACGGUUAGAGUUACUCGCAUCACUGAUAAGUAAAUUGGUUGCAGAAAUUGAAGCAGUGCUCAAUUCAAGACCACUUUCAUCCAUCAACGAUACAUCAUCUUCACCACACGUCCUUCGACCGAUAGAUUUCGUCUCACCGCAAGUGGAACUCCAGUUACCACCUCCAAACGGCAGUUCCCUCUAUUUCCCUUCAAACGGCCUUUCGGAAUGGUACAAGGAAACACUUGCUGUAUUGAACAUCUUUUGGGACAUCUGGUACAGGGACUACUUAUCCGUAAUAUCCGCACGCCACCAGCACCGCAUCCACAAAGAGAUCGAUCAAUCAACUACAUCCAUUGGAGAUUUCUGCAAAGGAAGACCCACGACCGAAGAAGAGCUGCCAACAACAGCAACCUACUCGGAUCCAACCACCACGAGCAGUCAAACGUGUACUUGGUACGAAGCGAGUCUACUAGUUGGGUCCCACCGUCAACCAUCUAUGCCUAACCACUGUCAUGUCGAGCGGCUGCUUGUCGAGCCGCUGAACUCCUAUGUCAAGCCGCCGUCAUGUCGAGCCGCUGCUGUCAUGUCAUACCACUGGAACCCAUGUCGAGCCGCUGUUGUUUAUGUCGAGCUGCUGCCUGUCGCCGUCUCUUCCUACUCAACUUCGUUUCACAUGGUGAACCACCUACGUCGAACAAGCCAGUACAACGUCAUGCUAUGCGUCGUCUACGACGUCAUCAGGCAAGACGUUUGCCAACGGGCAUACACCUGGCGUCCUGUAGGGCAGUCUUAA